AUGAGACAAGCUAUAUUUUCCAACCCUAACGAUGCUGCUGAGUAUUUGGCAAACUAUAUCAUUGCCAAAAUCAAUUCCACUCCCAGAACAUUUGUUCUUGGCCUUCCAACCGGAUCAUCCCCUGAAGGCAUUUAUGCCAAAUUGAUCGAAGCCAACAAGCAAGGCCGUGUUAGUUUCAAGAACGUCGUGACCUUCAACAUGGACGAGUAUUUGGGAUUGGCCCCAUCUGACUUGCAGUCGUACCAUUAUUUCAUGUACGACAAGUUUUUCAACCAUAUCGAUAUCCCGCGUGAAAAUAUCCACAUCUUGAACGGAUUGGCCGCAAACAUCGACGAGGAGUGUGCCAACUACGAAAAGAAAAUCAAACAAUACGGAAGAAUCGAUUUGUUCUUAGGUGGGUUGGGCCCAGAAGGUCAUUUGGCAUUCAACGAAGCGGGAUCAUCAAGAAACUCUAAAACAAGAAAGGUCGAGUUGGUCGAAAGUACCAUCAAGGCAAACUGCAGGUUUUUCGGGAACGACGAGAGCAAGGUCCCUAAAUAUGCAUUGAGUGUUGGCAUUUCCACCAUAUUGGACAACUCAGACGAAAUUGCCAUUAUCGUGUUGGGCAAAAAUAAACAAUUUGCAUUGGACAAAACUGUAAACGGGAAACCAAACGACCCAAAAUACCCAUCAAGCUAUUUACAAGACCACGCAAAUGUCUUGAUUGUUUGCGAUAACGCUGCCGCUGGAUUAAAGUCAAAGUUGUAG